CUGCAUUCCUUCGCUUGGAAGCUUGCGCGGAAUCGUCCCAGCUUUGGAAGGACACACGAUCCAGACGUGACUCAGUAGUACAAAAAUAACUUGUGAGCAAAGGAUGGAGAAGCUGUUGAGGCUUUUCCAGGGCUUCUAUACAAUGUAGUUUCUUGGAAUGAAAAGAUCCUUGGAGAACCGCAAGAUUUCUUAGCUACGUUUGAAGUUGUGCUAGAGGAUUGAGAAAAUGGAGGAAUAUCUAGCAUUUGAUGGAGGUGAAAAAGGCUUCCUAGAUGCUCAUUCUUGGACCUAUAGGGAUAUCUGGGCAAAAACUGAGCAGAAGGUCCUAGAGGAGGACACUGUCAGUUCAGAGGUCUGGCACGGGCUCUUCAGGGGCAUCCAGUACCAAGAUUCUAAGGGGCCCCGAGAAAUUUGCAACCACCUUCACCACCUAUGCCAUCAGUGGCUACAGCCAGAAAGACACACUAAGGCUCAGAUGUUGGAUUUGGUGAUUCUGGAGCAGCUCCUGGCUGUCCUGCCCCCAGAAAUUGAGAGUUGGAUUCGGGAGUGUGGAGCAGAGACCAGUUCUCAGGCGGUGGCCCUGGCUGAAGGUUUCCUCCUGAGCCAGGUAGAAGAGAAGAAGACGACGGAGAUGCAGGGGUCAUUCUUGGACAUAGUCCCUGACCAUUCCAAGGGAAUGCAAGAGCCAUCUAAUUCCUCUCCAACGCAUCUUUCUAGGAAUUUCUCAGAGGAAAUUCAACAUCAGGACACUUCACUGGAAGAUGGAAUAGUUCCACUGAUAUUUCUAGGAUCCCCUCCUUGUACUGGCAGAGCUGAAAAAGUAACUGAACCAGCUGUUCAGGAGAGUCUUGUGUCAUUCGAGGAGGUGGCCGUGUAUUUCUCUGAAGAGGAAUGGUCUCAGCUAGAUCCCCACCAAAAAGCCCUCCAUAAAGAAGUCAUGCAGGAAAAUUCCCAGAAUGUGGCUUCUCUGGGAGCGAAUGAGCACCAGAACGAGACUUGUGAGAUAACGCUCCAGACAAUUUGGCCUGUGAGGGGAGCAGAAAAAAUGGCAAAUCAGAAGGAAACAGAAUGUUGCCAAAGAAAUGUAUCAAAACAUGAAAAUCAGAAAAGUUUAGUUUCCCAGCCUUUUUGGAGUAUAAAUGAUUUUCUUGAACAACAGAAUCAAACUGGGAAAAACAACAAAGAGUAUUUUGAGAACACAGUGAAAAUGUUCAAAGAUAAGUCAGAUAUAAAGAAUGAUUACCAACCUCAUUCUACAGAACAAUAUGGAUACAAGGAAGGUGAAAAAGGUUACAGUGGGACCCUUAUUCUUCCCUUACUUGGAAAGGAAAGUAUGGGAAAUAAACCCUAUAAGUGCACAGAAUGUGGAAAGAAUUUCAAAUGGAAUUGUCUGCUUAUUUCCCACAAACGGAUCCACACAGGUGACAAACCAUACAAAUGCACAGAGUGUGGAAAAAGCUUCAACAAGAACUGUUUCCUUAUAUAUCAUAAAAGGAUCCAUACAGGAGAGAAACCCUAUAAAUGCACGGAGUGUGAAAAGGCCUUCAGUCGGAGGAGUACCCUUACUCUCCAUAAAAAGAUCCAUACAGGAGAGGAAGGCUAUAACUGCACGGAGUGUAAAAUGAUGUUCAGAAAGAGAAGCCAGCUUAUUUCCCAUAAAAGGAUCCAUACUGGGGAGAAACCAUAUAAAUGCAUAGAGUGUGGGAAAAGCUUCCAGCUACUUAAGUCCCUUACUUCCCAUAAGAAGCUCCACACAGGAGAGAAAGCCUAUAAAUACACAGAGUUUGGAAAAAUCUUUAGUCAAAGCAGUCAACUGAUCUCCGAUAAAAGGAUUUACUCUGAGGAAAAACCAUAUAAAUGUACAGAGUGUGGAAAGAGCUUCACUAAGCGGAGUCGUCUUGUUUGCCAUAAAAUAAUUCACACAGGGGAGAAGCCAUUCAAAUGCAUGGAGUGUGGAAAAAGUUUCAGCCAGAACAGUUACCUUAGGUCCCAUAAAAGGAUCCAUACAGGAGAGAAGCCCUAUAAAUGCACUGAGUGUGAAAAGACCUUCAGUUGGAACUGUGACCUUAUUUCCCAUAAAAGAAUCCACACAGGUGAGAAACCAUACCAAUGCACAGAUUGUGGGAAAAGCUUCAGCAAGAACAGUUCCCUCACAUCCCAUAAAAGGAUCCAUACAGGAGAGAAACCCUAUAAAUGCACCGAGUGUGAAAAGACUUUUAGUCGGAGCAGCAACCUUAUUUCUCAUAAAAGGAUCCACACUGGAGAAAAGCCUUAUAAAUGCAUGGAGUGUGGGAAGAGCUUUAGCGAAAAUAGAUCCCUUAAAAUUCAUAUGAGGAUCCAUUCAGGAGAGAAGCCUUAUAAACGCACAGAGGGUGGAAACACUUUUAGUCAAAGCUCUACGCUCAUUUCUGUCCCACAGAGUACAGAAAACUACAUAUGUUUUGAAUACGGAAAUGGUUUCUGGUGGAAUAGUCAUCUUACAUCCGAUAAAAAAAUCCACACAGCGGAGCAAUCGUAUCAGUGUGGGGAAUAUGGGAGAAUAUUUCAACAAAGCAGCUCACUUAUUUCCCACCAAAGUAUCCAUGCUGGAGAAAUGUUUGGAAUGUGGAAAGAGUUUCAGGGGGAGCACUCAGCUUACUUCCCAUAAAAG